AUGCCGCUUUUCUCUCGAUUUAAGAAUAGGGGAGCGCAGCCGGCAUCGAAGAAGACAGGCGAUGCAGAUACUCCCCGCCAAGUCGUUGCACAGCCGGCAAGAUGGCAGGCGCGAUGGGAAAGCACCACCAUUGUGCCGGAGGAGAUUGCGGAGCUGGUUCACUUGUGCACUGCAGAAAUGAAGCUACGCGCGGAGGCCCUGGAUGCUCCUUUUAUGCUACUUCCAUUUCGCAUAGACUCUGACCCGCAGGGCGCCAGAACAUUUAUUCGCAAUUUCUACAAAUCGAAUGCCGACCGAUCCACCCAAUACCGCGGCGAAUCGCUAAAGCAAGAACUUCGUUUGACUGAUUCGCUGGUCCUCUGCAGCAUCAUCAAGUGGUGCUGGAGCCGUAUGCCAAAUGGCGUGGUUUCCUGGCCGGUAUAUGAGGCCUUCCGCCUUGGUGAGAAGGAGGCAAGAAUGGCGCGAAAUGCCUUCGACACAUUUAUCCCCAUUGGAUGCGAUUCAGACGCUCGGAGGAGCAUCAUCGUUGAUUUCUAUGAUCUCCUUGCAGCUGUUGCGGCGCAUGGCAAGAACAAUGGGCUGGGAGGUCGCAAACUAUCACGAAUGUCUGGCUGGUGGGCUUUCGAUCACUCGGAUGACGGCAAAGGCUUCGAGGGCGGCUACAAAUCUUGGACGAGCGCGGCAGAUGCGUCGAGCCAUCUAUUCUUUGCGUACUUGCGAUCGUUAUCGCCUGACACAAAUCCCUCAAUGAACGUCAUCGAGAGGAUACCUCGUUCCUUGCAGGCUUUGGUGGCCUCGACAGAAUAUCCACCAGAAACACCGUCUUUGCUGCAGCGUUCAACACCUCGAGUCGUCAUGAUGGUUGACUCGGUCUCGCCAACACCAUUCUCAUUGUUGCGCAGAGCAAAGCAUUUCGAGUAUAGGGAUCAAGAUCAGCUCUUGCGCGUUUUUUCCUCAUUCGACGAUCCGCUCGACGCUUUGACUGAUGAGUGCAAGCGAGUGCUGUAUGCACUGUCAACUGCCAAUCAAUCAACGGUGGCACGAUCGCGGCAAGGAAUCACAAAGCCAGAGGAGUCUUGGUCAGCCUUCCAGAAUCUGGGGUUCGCUGAUAUUGAUGAGAAGGCUCUUGCAGGCAAGUCUCCAAACGGCAUCAACGGACCGACGAAAACCAUCGGCCAAGGUUUACGGUCAGAGCCUCGCAGUAGGACUGGGGAGCUCGGUCGACCUACUACUCCAUCCUGGGCUGAUUUCCUGUCCUCUGGCUUCUCCGAUGACGGCAGUGCCAAAUCUCCUACUUUACUCUAUCCUCCUGCUCAAGUGCUUCCUCCGCUCGGAAGCAGAGCCUCUUCGCCUGGACUUUACACCGGCGAUAAUGAGCAUCUGGCUCCCGGCGAGCUUGCGGCCAUCACCAAUGUGGAACUCGAUGACGCAUUCUGGUGGGUGUGGAUGACAAGUCUGGCAGGUGAAGAGCCAUCUGAUCGAAAGGCUGUUUUCGGACGAUGUGCUCUCAUUGAGACUACGAUCAACGGAGCCUGGCUUAUCAUGGAGGAGCAGGUUAAGGGCGCUUCUCCAGAUCCAGUCGAGGUCGCCUACAUUGCUCCAAAGAAGAGCCUGUUCAGCUUCACCAAGCGCGGUAGACUCGGUCGCAAGCGAUCGGUUAACAAGAGCCCUACGCAACCACAACCCAUGGAACGUGUGCUAUCCGCGACGCCUAGCAAGACGAGCAUCACCAAUGAGCAGCACGCCAAGAUCAAGGCGGCUGCGAGAACGUUGACUUUGACGCAGACGCAAGAGGAGACCGAGCAAGAUGCAAUACGUCGCGGUAGAAACGACGACGGACAUUCAUCAAAGACUAACAGUAUGCUCACCCUGGGUCUACAAAGCGAAGCAGGGCCCGCGAUGAAGUGGGCAACUUCAUACGACAGGCAGGCCAUUCGACAACAAUAUCUUGGCGACGCUUUCGCUGGCACUGGGAGAUCCAGAGAAGACCUCGUGCACAAGGCAUCGUCUUCGCACUUGAAUGGAGGGGCAUCCACAAUCAAACCAGAGGUUUCCCCAGUGCCUUCAGCUGUAUCGACAUUCGUUCCAGAACAGCGCGAGCUUCCUCCAGCUCCUACCGAGCAGCCUUUUGCCUUGACGCCAGGAAACGAGAUACCCACGGCGGUGCAAGCUCCGGCUGCCGUUGAGCCAGCAGAGCCUCUUACGACGAACGUGGAGCCCGUUCUUUCCGCGCAGCAGACCCAGCCCGGAGCGCAAAGUGCUUUGAACAAGGAGACAACGAUCUCAACAGGAUCUCCGAAAGCCAAGAGUAAAGUGGGCAGGAAGCCUGCGCCACAAGCUGCCGAUCACCCAGCAUACCGCCAGCAGAGUGUCGAAGAAGCGCAUCCAACAACGCCGCCGGUGCAGAACGCAGCAGCUUUGGCCGCUGCAAAAGCAAUGAAGGCUGCCAGCCCGGAAUCGAUGAGAAGCGACAACAAGCUUAAGAAGCAGCAGAGCCAAGGAGGCGCUACAUCGUCAUCACCCAGGGCAAGCGAAUCUCAAAUGGCGGCGCGCGCAGCUGUUGAACAGAGUGCUCAAGAGUCGACGCCGUCGCCACAGCAUCCGGCGACAAAUCUCUCGAGGACUAGUACUCACGAGAUGGAAGCAGCCGAGCACGAGUUCUCGAGAUUUGAUCAAGGGCCAAUGGACGACAUGCCUAGCGCGAUUCCUGCCGAAUCUGAGACCGAGCCUUCACCCCAACCAAACGAGCACAAAUUCACCAGCUUUACUCCUAGCCAGCCACAGCUUCAGACACAAGCUGGCGCAGUACCGGAUCCGAUUCCACGUGGCAAUCCAAACAAUGAUCUCGAGUCCGAAACAACCAUCGACGACCAUCAUGAUCCACAGGUCGUGCAGGACCGCUGGGCAACCAUCCGCGAGAAUGCUCACCGAAGGGCAGAGAGGCAGAGGCAGAGUGAAGAUCAGAGCACGCAGAGCCGACCAAGCCAUAUGACUGACGAUGGAGAGACCAGUGGCGAAGAAACUAUUGAGUCUCGUGUCGCGCGUAUCAAGGCACGCGUUGCAGAACUUACGGGCAACAUGGAGACCACUCGU